UGCAAGGAUCGAUAUUGUCUGAUAUUUCUCGCUAAAGGUAACAAUCAUUGCUUACUCACAGAAGAUUCUUCAGGAAUGGGAUUUUUUUAAGUUCAGAAAGGAAGAGGUUUAUUAGUUUCCAGGGUAAGUUAUGCAUAUCACACGAAUCUUAGCAGUUAGCCAAUAAUCGAAUGCGCCUUCACGUUUAAAUCAGCCUGAUCUAAGAUCUCGGGUUCGAGGUUGUCUUGAAUGUUUAGAAAACACUUUUCUGGAAAUUUUCGUCUCAAUAGUAUUCCCUUGGCGCUAGUGGGAUUUUUUUUUCCACUUAACUGAGUGGUCAUUUCGUUGUCAAAUAGCUUGAUGACGUUGGAAUGCGUUCAAGCUUUUGAUAGUAUCUCUUCAAAAGGUUUCCACCACAGCGAGCUUUCCUUCCAGGAAAUAUGACAGAUAUAAAUACAACAUGAACAAUUAUUGCCAAGUAUUCUUAGUAUCAAUUUGACGUUUAUACAUCUUGCAAGUAUAAUUUUUUGGUGGUACAAUUGUGAUGCUUUUCUCGUGCUUGUUUGGUAAAUAAUUUAUUUUACAAGCAAAGUUCAUCGGAUAUACUGUCUCUUGAGAGAUAUAAAUGUAACGUCGCUCCUGACUAUGUUUUAAGUGCUAAAAUAAUGAAUGGUAAUUCGGGUUAUCCAUUUCCACAGUCACAUGAUUAGUUCUGUAGUAUUGUUUAGUCAAUAAGGUACUGAUAAGUUAUAGUGAUUUCUCUUGUCUGUAAACAUUGUCUUUGUGAUUCAAAUGUGCCAACCACUGAAACAGAAGAACCCAUUUUCUCAGCAGCUAAUGAGUCUGUUGUUAGCUUAUUAAUAUUGAUAGGUAACGUAAUGCGAACUGUCGCUAUUAGAGACCUUUAGAUUCAAGGAUGAGGAUAACUACAAGGAGAAGUUUUAACUUUAAUUUUUUUUUGUGCACUCUCAAAAAACUGUCACCCUGGGAAGCUUCACUGUACUUUUUUCACCAGAAAUUUGAAGGAGGUGAAGCCCCCUCCUGAGUGCAAAAUUUUAACCUGUCUCUGCCACUACAAUUUUCUUACUAAAACUGUUGUAGAACACUUAUUUUUUUGUUGAAUUCAGUGGCAUGCUAUUAAAUUUUUAGAUUAAAACUCACCAUGUCAUGGUUUACUGAGCUCGCGGGCAAAGCAGAGUCACUUUUGGAGAAAGUUGACAAUGUUGCAGCCACAGCAUUGACAAAGGAACAAGCUGACAUUCAAAAUGUUGGACUAAACAGCAGUGGUACCACACCUUUACCAUCUGUGACCCCUGCUUCUACUCAAAGAACAAGUUCUGUACCACCCAGUGGACAACAGGGAAAUAUUACAAGAUCAGCAAGUGACACUAGUGUUUUAGGUUUGUAUAUUCAGUGAUUCACAGUUCACGUGAUAGACAACAGGCAUGGAUGGUCUUCUUGUACUUAUGGACUGUUCAUAUGACGCCAAAAUGACUUUCACUCCAGAGUGAGUUUCAUUCCAGAGUGAGGUUUGUACUGCAUUCACCUGAUAAAAUGGAACGGCUCAGCCUGAGGAGUUCUUGCUCACACCAGAUCAGAUAUGGGUGUACAACAUGUCCCAGACCACAUGAUUUGCAAUCAAUCUGGAACAAAGUUUGUUUUCAGCUUACAUUGUACCAGAAUGAAAUUUUGUACCAGAACGAAUUUCAAUUCAGGUUGAAAACUGGAAUGGACUCAUUCCAGAAUUACUUGUACUGGAAUGAAAUGUCAGUUCGAUAUCAGAGAAAUAUAUGAAGAUGAAAUGAGCUUGUUCCAGAAUGAAAAUCAUUCUGGAUCAUGUGAAUAGCCACUUAGUCAGCAGAGCUAACAAAGUAUGAAUAAGGAGCAAUCUUAUUUUGGCUUGCCUGGGACCAUUACUUCCUUGUCUUAGGUAAUGAUUUGCAUUUUGGGAAAGUAACCUUUAAAAGUUACUUGUCAGCAAGAAAAUUGACUAGUCCCAAACUAGCAGACAGGAAUUUUUUGAGCCCUGCGUGGGGCAAUGAAAAUUGUCAUGCCAAUGACAUCUUGUUUUAAUGAUGAAUACCAUAAAUAGAUUGUGACAUAGUGUUAAUUCCAAACCCCAGGUCACUUUCCCAUCAAAUAAAAUGUUGUAAAAUGAGUAUGUUCAGUUUAACGCAUUACAAUUAUUAGAAACUGUCUUCUUUUAGCAAUGUGGUUUCUCACAGUUGUUCAAAUGGUAGAUAUCACUAUCGUAUGGGGAAAUAUCUAUCCAGUGGAUAAGUGUUGGAGAAACCAAUCUUGUUAUCCAUAAUUGCCAGUGUAUAAAGAAAGUCGUGUCUGAUAGCCCAGGGCUAGUGGAUUUUGCAAUCAGACCUAGUGAAUCCUGUUCUUAACUUGCCUGAAGGGAUUGAAGUUUUUUGGGAAAUCAAAUUACAGAAGAACUGUAAUCAGUGCUGCUCAUCAAAAAUCUUUUUGGGCUACUUAAAAGACUCUUGGGCUAGUGCAUACUAGCAACAACUUGCCUGAGUGGCAAGCUGUAGAACCGACUUUCUUUGCACCCUGAUUGGAUAGGGAUUAUUAUUCAGUGUAUAGCAUUAUCUACCUUUUGAUUGACUGGAGCCAGAGCUAUUUGUUUAUCUGUUAACCUCUCACACCUGGGAAUCAUUAACUUUAAUCUCAUGCCCACUCACACCAGGAGACUAUUUAUUUUGCCUGACUUAAAAUAUUGAGCUAUUACAAGCUUAUUCAUAACUCUCAGAAAAUUCUCUAAUCUUAGUGGCUGUCAGCAGCCAAACACUCUUCACAACAAAGAAACUUUGAAAUCCCAUGUGACUCUCAUGUUACUAGGAUCUCUAGUAACUGAGCCAGAAAAGUAAAGCCGACAUUUUGCGAGGCCACCACUGGUUUCCCCGCAAAAUAACGUCUGAGAAACAAGUGCAGAAAUUUCAUACUGAUGAUCUGGGAAGUGGUUCUUGUUGGUUGAAGCAAAUUUUCAGCGAUCAGAAGCACUACCCAGGUCUGGGUUGUGAUGGUCAUUGGUAUAGAAUUUCUGCACUCGUUUCUCAGAUGUCAUUUUGUGGGAAAACCAGUAGUGGGGUUGCAAAAUGUUGGCUGUUUUCUCAGGCUGCUAGUAACUUCACACAAUAGUGACAAUCAUGUCUUCUCAUUUCUUUCUGCACUCAGGUGGCCCCACAGUUCCCAUCAAGUCUCGUCUACCUCCUUCUGGUACCAGGACACCCCCUAGGGUGGCACGAACAGAAAACAAAAGUGAUGAUAAAUUAUUUGAGUUCCUAAAUAGCAACAUUCCUGCUACAAAAGAACGAAAAGUGAUCAAGCCAAAGGUGUCUGUGGAAAGCUCUUCAGAAGUGGUGUCAAAACCCAUUAGUAAUAUGGAGCAGACCCUAGCUGAUUCCAUGGAUGGGAAACUUAACGAGGGUGAGCUGGUACACUUGCUACUCUGAUGCCCUCAAAAUUUUUAUUUUAUCUCUUAUUUAGAAUUGAAAUGUGUGGAGAUUCUCUGCUGUAAUUUUUCGAGAAUCAUGAAGUUUUUAGUAGGGUAUCACAUGAAAAGAAAUAUCCAUUUUUUAUCAUGAUAUAGUGUUUAGGGUUACAAACCUCUUUGUUAAACUCAUCAACAGUAGAUGAGGUUAAGACAGUGUAGCUGCCCUAGAGGAUGGUGAUGCCAGGCAUAUAAGAGAUGAACAGAAUGUAUCCAUGGCAACUAGUGAGUGGUAACCAUCAACACUCAUCCCGAAAGGCUCUUCUAACUGAUGAAUGAUGCUAAAUGAGUUAAAAACCACUGUAGUGAUUAGAUUUUAGGGAAGUUAAGCAUGGUGGGAAUCUGGAUUGCAAGUUACAUGUAUCUUGCUUCCCUGAUUGGCGGUUCUCUAUUUCUAGGUUACAGUAUUCCAUGGCUAAAUAUUAUUUUGUUACUAGGAACUGUUGCAAAAACUGAUGAUAAUGUUCAUGAGGUUAGUGCUGUUUCUAAUGGUCCCAGUGUGGAAGAGCCCAAGUCACAAGAAAUGCCUCAGCAUGAUGUUGUUGCAAUAAACAGUGGCCACCACACAGAUGAUCACCAUAUGUCUAACCUUGAACUAGAAAACACAUUACUGAGAAAAGAGGUGGCUUCUUUGAAUGAAGAAAUGGUGUCUGUAGUGCAAAGGGCAAAAGAAGCUGAAAAAAGUGAGUAUCAGUCAUAUUGCACCAUGAAAGAGCAGAGGCCAAAUCUUCCAUGAUCAACAACUCAUUGCUAUGCAGGGAUUUUGCUAACAACCGGCUCCCAGCCAAUUUCUGUGGCUGAAAAAGAGCUUACCACUUGCCUUAAUUGCAAUGAAAAACAAAGACAUGAGGGAAUUUAGAGAUGCAGUUGAGUAAAAAAGCCAGCUUGACUAACAAAAAAGCCUUCUUAUCUUCUCCUUCGCUACAUCCCUGACUGUCUGUGAGGUGGUUAAGGUAACAGACUCUUCACAUCCUCUAUAUUUCCUCAAUGGAAACCAAAGGGAAUGUAACAAAUAGCAAGUAACACAAGCAUGAGAUGGGAGGGGGUGGUAGGGAGGUAAACAGUGGGCAAGCAAGCAAUACUAUAGGCAAUGAAUUUGGGAGGCAUCUUUUUUACUUGCUGCCCAUUUUUAUAUACCACUUAUUAACCGAGAGUGAGGUCAUAACAGGGAAUUCUCAGACAGAGGUAUCGCUUUGUCAAUACAUCAAGGCCGAGGUCUGAGAUUUCACUGUAGUGACCAAUCGGACGAGGUUAGUAAGUUAUUUAUUAUAUGGCCUUUUCUUUAUGGACCUAAGCCUGUGGUCAAAUAAAAACUAAUAACUGGUCAGCAGAAAACUUGAAAAAACAAGGCACUGCAGUGAGGUGUGCACUUGAGCCCGUGAUACAGCCCUGUCCCACAGGUCAGCCGGUACCCUUUCGACAGCUGUCAAUCGACCAUAACAUUGAUGUCCACUGUCAAGUUGAACACAGAUUUUAUAUGCCUUGGACACUUUACUGUGUCGCUAGUAUUGCCCAGUCAUUACAAAAAAAUAAUGCCCACUUAGCAGCCAAUCAGAGCAUGCGUACUAUUGAAGCCAUCUAAUAAAGUAGCUUUUUCUGCUGUUGACCUAGUCAGUCCUGAAUAAACCUGACAGUGUUAAUUUUGUUUUAAGCAAGAUGACUUCAAGAACGGUUAAGGUAAAGGUGAGGUAAUCCAUUACUUACUUUUUUUUAUCUCAAAUCAGGAACAAAAGAAACAGAGAAACAUCUUCAAAGAUGCCAGGGACAACUGUUAGCUUCUGAGGAAAUUACCAGACAGCUGAGGUCAAAGGAAGAUGAUUUUACAGAGACGCUAAAUGCUAAGGACUCACAGUUAGCAGUCUUGCGCGUUAGAGUACAGGAAUCAGAUCAGGAGUUGCAGAGCAAGCGUAAGCAGAUUGAGGAGUACCAACUUGAAAGAGAAAGGUCAGAAGUGUGAAGUAAUCAUUAUUGUAACAGGCUAGCCAUUCGCAAAGUACAUGUGCAGGAUUGCAAAGUGCCUUCUUACUCGGGUGACUUGAACUAACCAACAAUACAGUUAAACCCAGUUAAUACGGACACUGAUGGGACCAUGAAAAGUGUCCGCAUUAACGGAGAGGCCGUAUGAAGCUGGUCAUGUUAUGAAAGUGAAAAAACGCACCUUUUAUUAGAACAAAAUACCAAAGAAAUAAAAGAGGACUUUAGCAUUGUCAAAUUAAACAUCUGUAACCUUCACAAAGCCGUCAUUAUGCGGCUUAAGUACACUGAAACACUUAAAAAUCGCUCAUUUAUUUAGUACUUGCUCAAAACCAUUCUCUGCAAAAUUCCUCUGAUGCCAAAAAUUGACUUUUACAAAUCACCCUUAUCUGGUGUAUUGUAGCACUGGGAACAUGGACUUGCUGUCAACUGAAGGUUUUUUACCUUCAAAAAGGAAAGGUCUAUUACAGGAUACAGUUGAUAAUGAAGUGUCUGCAUUAGCGAGGUUUGCUUUUAUGAGAAUUUGUUGAUUGGGCAAGAAAUAAGUGUCCGUUGUCCGCAUUAACUUACAUCCAUAUAAGCGGGUUGAAUUGAGAGAAAAUGUAAGGGCUUUCCCCAGGGACAAACAAAACUGUCUGUAAUAGCGAGGUGUCCAUAUUGAGCGGGUGUCCAUAAUGCAGGGUUGGACUGUACUAGCAUCUGCCACUUUGUUACAUUAACUCUUCCAUAGUUUUUUCACUGUUUGAUAAAGAUCAAUUACCGAAUAUUCUGACCAUCAACACUGCUGUAAAGACAGCCUCAAAAUAAUGUAACCUACCAAGUUUAAAGGAGAGAUGUCCAAAGAGAGUGAAUAUAUUGCUACACAAGGUCAUGGAAUUUUACAGACGUUUGUAUAGUGGGGGGCACGAGCUUCCCUCCCUACCACCACCAUACUUCAGGCGUAGCUCGGCAGAGCCAUUGCACUCCGGCUCUGUCAAGUAUCGUGAUGUCGUUCGGCCAUUGCACUGACCAUUGCACUACUGGGUCCGUGGCCGUGGGCACCUGAAAAAGAAAAAGAAAACAAAACAAAACAAACGUAACGUCUGUAAAAUUCUGCGACGUUUUGGAGUUAUAUAUUCGAGUUCAUUAGCUUCUAACAAAUCACUUUUAAAUUUGGCAGCUUAACGUAUUUUAAGGCAUUCUUUGCAGCCAUGUUGAUGGAUUUUUGCUUAGUGAUCCCAUUCAAAAAUUGAAAAAGGCCAUGAAAGGGUUUGUUGUGAAAAGUAUUUCCAUAUUAAUGAUUUAAAUCGUGUUAUUGUUUAACUCAAACUCGAUAUUCUAGUAUUUGUUGGAAACAUCAAGCUAGAAGAUUCCAAGAGCAUGCUUUAUUUAUCGACUGAAAACAACUACAUUGCGAAUUAUGUAAACUAAUGAUUAUUUUCUUUGCAUGUAGGUUGCUCCAAGAUCAUUCGGAAUCCACUGGAGUGCAUAGUCAGGCUUUGGAUACACUAAAAACUAAACUAGAUGAAUCAGAGAGAAAACUCAAAGCUAGCCAAGAGUCUCAUAAGAAAAUGCAGGUCAGUUACUUAAGGCAAUGCAUGGUAUUACAGUGUGUAUACUUACUGGGCAUAAUAACAUAUUGAAUAUGUUAUUAGCUGUGCGUCAUUAGGGCACACACACAUGAGCGAAACAUGAGUUUUGUUUUUGUGUUGCCUUAUUAAGCUGUACCUCAUGUUCCUUGUUGGUUUAUUUGCAGGAAUUUAAAGGGUAUUCUACCCAAAGCUCCAUAAAAUUAAUUUACUUAUUUACUUUUAGGUCAUGACAUCCUUGCUGGCAUUUUUUCAAUUUGGCCUCGUUGUCUUAAACAAAGUUCAAAAUACACAUGGUUUGCAGAGCUAGACAAGUAAAUUGCUGUGCAUUUCUUUUUUAGCAAGAGGCCAUAGAAAGGCAAAAUAAACUACAGGAAGAGCAAAAAGCCAUGGCAGAGUCACUCAAAAACAUGCAAAAGAAACUUAAUGAAGAGAAGAGUAUCCUUUUAUAUGUAAUAUUUUCAAAUAAUUGUUUACAGUCAUGGCACAUGUCUUUGAUAUCGAUGAUUCUGCAGAUUUGGCAAAGGAGUAGAAUCUGGUGCCAGCUGCAUUUGGUAUGUGUCUGUUUUUUUUUUGUUAUUAUUAUCAUUUUUUGGCAUUAACACCGUGAAUGAAAAAUUAGUCGAGUGAAAUUUCUGUCAAUUUUAAACUAGGUAAGAAAUUCAAUUUUUUACAUUCAACUACCUUGAUCUCUCUAGUAACCCUUCUCUCUCUUUUUAGCCUGCACAAUAGGCGCUUUAUGAGCCAAGCGAGGCGAACGCGGCACUCGUUUCGCGCUUCGCGCAAAAUGUCGCGUUCGCCUCGCUUGGCUCAUAAAGCGCCUUUAUGCAGGCUACUCUCUUUUAAGCAACCUCCCCGCUUAAAAGGUAAAAACGUAAUUAGGGCUCCACUCUCUAAUUGCCUUAAUUUGAUUUAUGAUGCAAACACAGUUCUUUGCCAUCAAGUGCAUUUUAAUGAGUAUGUGCGGAUUGCACAAAUGCAAAGGUUUGGUUUAAGAGUACCUUAAACAGUGUUUACUUCCAAGUUUUAACUCCCUUGUCUAUUAGAACCCUAUCCCCGGAAAAAGGUGGGGGUAAAGGAGGUCUCCUGUGGUGGGAGGUGUAAAAGAGAGGUCGCGGUACUUCAAAUUUAGUUGAACUACAGCUGCAUUCAGCCAAUAAAACUGCAGAAUUUUUACCAAAGUACCAAAGUACAACAAGCAAGAUACAUGGUACUCUAGGGCGCUCUCCAUUUGUUAGAACUGGCUGGCAGACCAUUCCAAUUGUGAAAAGAAUUCCACUAUUAAUGAGGUCUAUCCAAUCACAUCAGUCUAUACUUGAAUGAUAUGCUCGGCAUUGGUGACUGGUAGGGAAAAUUUUGAGUGAAGGCUAUCGUUUAGUUUUUAAUUACUGCCAGUUCUGAUUUUCGGUAAGCGCCCUCAUUUUAAGAGUGUGACCUUUAGCUAUAUACCAGAUAAGAGCAACGAAAAUACAGCAGCACUCAAGAAUGCCAAAGCAAGUCUAGAAACUGCUAAGCAAGAAUUAAAAGAUUACAAGGACAAAGCAGCCAGGAUCCUUCAGGUACGAAUUGGGCGGGGGGCUAUCAUUUUUUCUUUCCAGGCGCCCAAACCAUCCCCGCCCCGGUUUUUCAAAAGAUACAAUCAUGCAGUAUUCAUAAUUUUCUGUAAUUUCUGGGUUUUCUCCUAAAACAGUGCAUCCUUUUCGAAAUUUUCUUGCAGUUAUCCUUUCCCCCACCCUAUACAAAGUUGAAACUCGAAAAAAAAUUCUGGAUACACGCGCCCAACGUUGUUUGUGGGGCGAGGGGGAGGGGCUACGCAUGUGUGAAUUGGAAAACGCCCCACAACUGCAAAAGUGUCCCAAGACUUUAGUCCAUGGUUGUACCUUUGGCUAUCCACCGAAAAAAUCGCCGUCCAAUGUAUGUGUUCCGGAAACCAUAUGCAUUAUCCAUUAGAUAGCGGUUUAUCCGGUAGAUAGCGUUAAGUUACUUAAAAAUAACAGGCGCCAGGUCGUGGGUUACACUAAAAGACUAAAAAGUAAAACCAAAAACAGAUGACAUGCAAACAAGAUCAAACGUUUGAAAGUCUGCAAGAACUACAUCCUUAAGAUUUCGCAUUGUAUAGAUAUUGGCGGCAGAAUUGUUAUAGGUGGCAGUUUUCACAGAAACGUUAUCUAGGUCUUACCUGUAAUGUCAGUAUCCUUUCAUGGAAAACUAAACUUUUGUAUAGUGGUUGGCUUAGCCAAGUCAAUAAAGGCAAAACGCUGGUCAGAAGAGAUGGAGUUCGCAGUUUCGAUUAUCUUCGAUAAAUUGAGGAAGACAGCAGUACUUAUGCACUACAAAAUGCCCGGUGGGUAUUCAACAACGUUUUAUAUGGAAAGGCUCCGCCCAGAGGUCCAACCCUUUGGUAUACCACUUUUGGCAAAAACGGUGCCCCUUCUGUAUAACUUCCACUGAAAAAUAGUGUCCCUAGGCCUUUUACAUACCUACUACAUGUAACAGUAAGUCUAUUGUAUGUAGUGUUUGAUGAAUGUUAAAAAAUGAUACGGCCAUACCGUGCCUUUUUUAAUUAAAGAUCCUGUAAAUCCGUACCCUUUCAUAUUCUUCAACUCGUGAAAUUCCUUUCCUUUUAUAUACCUGAAAAAGCCUGUAAAAGGUACCUCUCUCGGGUGGAGCUUCCCCGGGGGAUGCAAAAUGCUAUAUGAUCUUCGCUUGACUUACAGCUUGGUAGAAAUUAUCACAUUAUCAAGUUUUUUGUCCUUAUUAUUUGUGCUUUUCUCCCUUCCAGGCUAAAGACAAGGUAAUAUCAAGCCUUCGCGAUGGUAGUAAUGGAGAAGUUGCAAGUGGCAUUAGUAGUUCAGAGUAUGAAGAGGUCUGUCAUGAAAGAGACAUGUUGAGAGACGAGGUGAACCAGUUCAAAUACCGCAUGGAACAGCUCAAGGCUGAUCUGCAGGUAAAUAUACUCCAACCCUGCAGUGUUAACUACUGUAGUUGCUCGCUGUCCAGUGUGGGCAAUUUCAUACAGAGAACUAGCUCAGUAGACUAUCGAAAAAGUCCUUCAUCCUAUUUAAUAACGCUCGCUCUCUGCUCUUAAAGUGAAACUCGUGAGGCCGACUUGUGGCAAGUUUAGUAGCUCACUUGUGUGGCACUCCAAACCUUAAGCCCAGGUACCGACUCUCGUGAGAGAGGCAGGCAUUUUAGGGGUUCUAGAAAACUUUAUAAAGGUUUUAAACAUUUAUUUCUGGACGAUUAAUUGCAGACCUUUGUAAAUAUUUAAGUCAGUUGGUUCGGAAUUUGUAAGAAGGUCUGAUUUAGUUUUAACUGACGUAUUAAAUAAAACAGGAGGUGGAGCAACAGCAACAAUCAGAGGCUGAGUUGGCUCGGGAGAAAGUCGAGGAGCUAGAGAGUGCUUUGGACGAUGAAAAGAGAAAGAGAGACGCUUGUGAACAACAAAUACAACAGCAUCUUCAGGUAUGGACAACAAAACUAUCGUGUGAAAACAAAAAAUAUUUUUUCUGUAAAAUAAUUUUUCUCCACCCAUUAGUGCUGAACUCAAUGACUUUAAAAUAUGACAAAAUUGUGAUAGAAACGAGGGCACAUCUUUUUCCUACUCUCCACGACUUUACUGGCCUGAUACUAAAAUGUUUGCAAGGGCUUUGACUGGUGGUAUCCUGUCCUAGUAAAAUCUCCAAAGAAAGCCGGAAUUAUGCUUCUAAACUGGGUCUUAAAAUCAGCGAGCAGUUUCUCUCUAAUAAACACGGAGAGUAUAUGUAUGCAUAAAUCUAACGUCAGUUUCUCCUUUAGGACCUGCAUUACGCCCAAGAAGAAUUACGAACAAACAAAACCAGUUUCAUGAGUCAAAUACAGGCGAGUUCAUGUGAUCGAGUUUUCUUCAUUUUCCUAUUUGGUAAGGAUUACCUUGUGCCCAUCUACUAACGAGCUUGUCUUUUUCUACAGGAGAGAGAAAAUGAAAUUCAGAAAUUGAGAAAUCAGGUAAAUGAGAGUGAUUUUAUAGGGUUUAGUUGAAGGAGCUGGUCCAAAUCCGGACACAGUGUCAGUUUAUUGCGUAAAAUAGGAUUUGCGUCUAGUCUAUAUCCUUAAAGAAUACGGAUUCAGACAUCGGUACAUCCUAUCACAAAGGCUUGAAAGGCUUAAAAUGUUUAACAGUCUAAUGGCUCAUAGUUGCCACAGGUCAGGAAAUGGUCAGGGAGUUUUAAUUUGAGUCGGGAAAAACUGGAAUUGUAACAUCCACAAUUUUAAUACUGUUAAAAGCAAGGAGAAUCAUUUCACGUCAUUGUCCCGCGGCUUACAUUGACGCCAUUCGUCGAUGAGGACAUUCUGAAAACUGACAUCCGUGGCAAUCACCAUGAUCUAGCUGAUAUUAGAGAUGAAAAGACUGAGUUACUCAACGCGUUCUGACUGGUGCUUCCAAUUUUCGGUGGACUAAUAAAAGUAGGAUGUUGGAAAAAACACGAGAAAAGUUUUCUAUUCGGGAUUUUUAAUGAACUACAGUUGGGAAUCGGCUAACUUGUGAUGAACCGCACACCACACUGCUAUCAAUCACUUUAAGGGGGUGUGACUGGUAUUGCUGGUUUACAGUCAACGCUCUCAAAAGACACCUAUGUAAGCCGAGCUCCUCCCUAGAACGGACACCUAGAGUUGGGGGGAGGGUCCCUGCCGUUGUUCUGACGUAUUAGAGUCCUUUAGAUUCUAAGACGAGGACGAGGACGACUACGAGAUUUUCUUGAUACUAAGUAGUGCGCGUGAACCAGCGUCGUUUGGGCGGAAAACGUGAUAGCCUUCGUCAUUCUAUCUACUACGAGGUUUAGCGAGAAUGUCGUAGUGGCGGAAACAAGAUAUUAGAAGUUCUAUCUUUCUUCCAUAGGGAGGGGUCUCAACCUUCAUCAACAGUGCUAAUUUCUUUGGUGAAAGUACAGUGAAGCUCUCCGGGGAGUCUGUUUUUUGAGAAUUCGCGAAAAAGCUCUAUGUCAAAUCUCUGGUGUUUGUAGUCGUUCUCGCCCUCAAAUCCUUGGACUCUCCACAGGGCGGGUACUUCUCUGACACGCGGGACACUUUUUUUCGUUCCCAGCGGUGUCCGCUAAUUAGCAUCUUAGUUGACUGCGUUUGAAACAUGUUGAAAAGCGUGAUUACAAAUAAAAAAGAACCAUGAUCUUAUUGAUACUAUAGCUUGCAACCAAGGCUCUUACUUCUACAAGUGAGGAGGAAUUAGAGAACCGUGUUAGAGCAUUGACGGAAAAUCUUAUCCAGAAACAAACACUUAUUGAGGCUUUGAGUACGGAGAAGAACUCCUUAGUGCUACAGCUUGAGCGACUGGAGGUAAUAAACACUGUAAACGUCUAUCUUUCACUUAUUUUGUUUGUACAUUUUCCGUUUUCACUAUAUUUAUAGUUCUCUCAGUGACCUUAAUCACUGAGGCGAAGGUGAAUUUCAGCUAGUGAAUGAGAGUGUCUCCGAGGGUAUCUCAACCUACGCAACACCUGAUAGGAAAUAGGACAAAAUAAUAAGUCUUAGCGUUGAAACAUUAGCUUAAAAACAAAAGUACUGCAUAGAAUUGAGGAGUUUAGAUGAUCCGGCCUAUUCUACCCUAACAAUUGGCUCCCACUCUAGCAGUAAUUGCCCUCCAGCGCAUUAGUUAAAUUAAUAUCAAACUCGCCUCACGUGCAAUAUGCUGUGGAGUGUGUUCGAGAACAUACAGUGUAGAGGUUCUUAAAAAAUUAAGGACAUUAACUGGUGGUUUUAUGUAAUUCUAGGAUAAGCGGCUAUUUCCUACAACUGAGUGGAUGUGGGUAGUGUAGAGGCCUCUUCAAUAAAGGAAAUAAUAACUGAUAUGCAAAUGUGUUUGAGGUCAGGGUAUUAAAAGUCAGGGAAUAUUUUACUUCUUGGCAAAGUCAGUUGUCAGGGAAUGCCACGGGAAACGGUUUCUAGAAGAUUAUAAAAAGCAAUCAGUUUCAUCUGGAAAAAAAAAAUUAUAUUCUUUAGUUGUACUGUGAUCGAUUUUGAUUCAGUGAAAAUAAAGUACAUUCAUUGAAAAACGCAGAGGUCGAAACUGUAGAGCAUAAUAUUCAUUUUUUUUUUUUGAAAAAGUGAAAGUAAGGUAAAUUAUAAUGGUUUAGGUCUGAGAAAAGUCAAAUUAUAUCGCUGCAGAGUGGAGUCCCAGGCCUUUAGUUACAGCACGAUACUCUGCCCAAUUUUUGUAAGAAAAGUUUAGGUAGCCAUGGACACUGGGGGCCUCAUUCUCCAGGCGUGGGUGUUCCGAUGCGCCUGGUGGGCGAAAAUUGAAGGCGCUUCGAGACACCCAUGGCUGGAGAUUCAACCGAUAGAAACUCCUGCCUUCGAAUCUUACUGGACUCGUGUGACUUUCCAGCAGCUUCGACUGAAAGGGUAUAAAUUGCAAAAAGGCUUGUCGUUCCUAGCUUUAGUUGGCAUGACAUCAUUCAUACCUUCGUUGCUCUGUGGUUAGAGGGGAAGGGGAAGUGAGAAUCAAAGCGCGCGAGCCUUUCAUGUCCUCACACUCCUCCGACCCCCUCUUUCCUUUCACCUUCAAACGCCCACCACAAGGACCACUUUCAAGAUUGAACUUGAUCAAGGUCACACAUUAUUUUUAAUGCUCUGACCUUGGAUACUUGCCGACCGUGUUAUUCCUUUUAGUAAGAUGACUUAAAAAUUGCAUUUUUCCAACAUCACGAAAAACGGCCACUUAUAUAAUAAAUUUUAAUGAUGCGUAGGCAACGAUCUGUUGCUAGUUCAGGAACCUUCUUAGCAUCCUGACCGUAUUCACCUAAUAUCAAUCACACAAUUAAAAUGGUCGUUAUCACGAAUGCAUUACUACCAUGAAAAAUGCAUAACUUUAAUAACUACUAAACCUUCUUUCUUGAUUCUCACCUUGCUUUCUAGAAACAAUAUAGAGAUGUGCAAGCGUCAGCCUCGAAACUAAUGGCCGGACCAUCGGCGUCUUACAACGGAUUUGAUGACACUGACGAAAAUACACGUUUGUAUUUUUUUGUCUUUCAAGAAUUUCUGAAAAGUUAGAAAAAUAUUUAAUUGUCGGUGCGAUUCCUCGGUAUAGAUCGGAGCUGAAACUUCUUUGUUGCGUUAACGGAAAAUCGAUGUAAGGGACCGACCAUUUAACUCUUGAGGGGAGGGAUGGGUGAUUUCUGGUCAUCAAGAAUUUUUGUUCUAGCAGUCUGGUAGGCAGGAUAUUUUUUUUCCCUUUUCUUCCCAUAAGCUUUCUAUUACAUUUGUGCUGCAUGCAAUUUUUUUCUUCCGACAAGCGCUUGCAGGAAUUUUUUUUUCAAAAUCACCCCCCCCCCCCCCCCCCUCAAGAGUUAAAUGGUCGGCCCCUAAAUAGCACAAGAGGGGGAGAGGUGCAUUACACAUCGUAAUCUACGAUUUAGCUAUAAAAACGUUUGAUGGAGUAGGAUUAACGUUGGAUGUGAUAAAUUUGAAACGGCAAACUGAUCCUUACGGCAAGGCGAUGAAGAAGUCCCGGGGAAGGGGGACUCCGCAUAUGAAAGGAGUGGGGAUGCUCGUCGGAAAUUUUGAAUUAAACACCUAAAGGAGACCGAUCUGGGCGUGGCCCAAGCAUUUUUUUGAUCCCUAAAAGAGGCCAUGUUAAAACACAGACGAAUGAGAAAACUUGGAUUAUAUGAAUGGAGUAAAUGAAACGAAUUAAAAAUAUACAAUAUCACAUAUAUAUUUUUUCGCGUGCAACCCUAAACGAGACUUCACGGCUAAAUGAUGAUGGUGUUUUGCCCAGAACACCCUAAAUGAGACCAAAAUCCGAAAUUUACACCCCUAAGCGAGACGACGAGCAUCCCCACCACUUUCCCCCAGGGGAAGAAGUAAACAAAAGAAUGAAACAAAAAAUAUAUAUUUAAACAAAUAACCGUUUGUACAAGUCUAAUUGUACUGAUCCAGGUCUACAACUGGGCGAGACGGCACCACUCAUUGGUUUGUUGCUGUGCACUUGCUGAUAUUAAUAUAUUUUGGAUGUGAUAGCUUUCCAUAACUUCUGGCCCUAAAAUGUUAAACAGAUAUUGCGAGGCUCUCGAUGUUACAGGUCUCGCAUUCUCGUAAUUCUCUACUUUCUAUACUGGACCAUGUGAAGUGUUCUAGAAACCACAGAAAAAAAAGUAAUUCUCUGGACAAUGUUUACAAUAUUUGUCAGGUUUUGAGUUUCCCAUUCGCCUUUCGCUUUCCAUAAAGGGGCUAUGUCACGAGGACAUUGCUGUUUUACAUCAGAAAAGGUGAUGUUACACUGGACGAUUCCCAACGACGAUUUUAGUGCAACACAGCGUUACAACAUUGUUUCGAAUGACUGCAAUAUUUUUCCAACAUUUGUGUUGUGUUAAAAAUCGUCAUUGCGAAUCGUCUUGUGUCAUAUUACCUUUAGUGCUUUUACCCGUAUAAAAUGCUCCAAAAGAUAUCAAUCAAAUUUCAUCAGGGAGCAGUAACCAUAAUAUUUAUUGGGUGAUUUGUAAGCAUAGCAUUAAAACUAAAAGUUAGCCCAUUUUUUUCAAUUUUCAAUUCAUGUUCAUCCGUCGCAACAGACUACAGAAACAAGGUUAAUGCUUGAAAUAAAGGCUUAAGGGACGGACCAUUAGAAAACUUAUGGGGGGGGGGGGGGGGGGGGGGGAGACAUAUACAAACGAUGAAAUGAAGUCUACAGCAUUGUUUUUUUAAUUAUCGCUCGGGAAGCUUGAGAAGAGAAAAAGAUAUAUAGAAGUUGAUGUUGAUAAAAAGGGUAGGGGGGAGGGUGAAUGAGAUGUGUGGGGGGGGGGGGAGGGGGGAGGUGGAAGUACAAAAAAAAUUUUCGCGCAAGGGAAAAUUAAAUGAGAAAAAUUCUUGCACGCCAAUUAAUCCUAAAAAAUAUUCAUGCUAUGGCCUAAAACAAAUUCAUACAAGGAAUUUGGUAACGAAAAAAAAUUCCUGCGGCUCGAAAAUUCCCCUCCCCCCAUAACUUUUCUAAUGGUCCGUCCCUAAGUAACAAAACUGGAAGAGAGAGAUCAAAUAGGCAAUGAUUAUCUUAUGUUUUUUAAUGCAUGGGAAAAUCGAUUGUUCAGUCUGCCAUAUAGUGCCGUGGAAUAGGAUAUUCGUCGAUUAUUUUGUAAUUGAUCGGCUUAUUGUUUUCCAAGAUAAGGCAAAAUAUAAUGCGAAGUGGACUAAUUAAAGGACAGAUAUAUCACAUUUCGCGAUGACAUCAUAAUUCAGCAGCAUUUUAUUUUUUGCAAAAAAGUAGGAAAAAAUGGAAUGUUAAAAAGUAAAAUAAAGCAUAUGCAGGGUGAAUGGCCCUUAAGAAAUAGGUUUGGCAUAUAGAUUCAAGGAAAGGUACAAUCGUAAAGGAAAUGAGACACGCAGAAUUAUUCCGUUUAUGUUCGUGCGCGGAUUUCGUGGUAACACUUUGUCUAUUAGACUUAAUGCUUCUACCCUACCUGCACGCAGUUUGAAUCUAAUUUGUUCUUUUGACUCCAUUGUAGUGUCUCGAGUGAGAUCAAUAUCGUCAAUAAUGCCAUCCCAGCUCAACGACUCGAGAAAAGUCAACAGGGCAGUCAAUGAAAUCGAUAAAUUCAGGUAACUUAAUAUUUGUUGCAUCUGGAAGGUUCUGUUCUCGGUUCAUGAAAACCCGAUACAGUGAAAUGAAAUAAAAAUUGGGAUCCUUUGAUUUUUUUCUAAGAAUAUUACAAUCGCUGACAGGUGUAGCAUUUGCGAACAAUCAUCGGCGUGGGGGGAACUUUCGAUGGAAUAUUAAGGUAGCGUAAACAUCCCUAAAAGGUUUCUGAGAGAGUAACAUCAUAAUGCACAAUACCGUUGUCAUAAGUUUAAAAGCUUAUUAAUUGUGUACAUUUUAGCAGCUUCAAUGUUUUUUGCUUUUACCAUAGCGCAAACAAAAAAAAAACGGUCCAUAGACACGCUUUAAAAAUUUUCUUUUGAGUGGUUUUAAGAUCUUUGCAGGCGUUCAAUGCGCGAAACAGUAUUUCUCGAAAAGCGGUUGAAGGUUCCAAGCUUCUCUUAUUUUUUUUUACUUUUUUGCAGUAUACGACUAGGUCUUUUUCUGAAAAGAUAUCCAAUCGCACGACUCUUCGUCAUCAUUUACAUGGUAAGAAUUUACGCCGUGCCGUCUCUGUGUCAUUACUGUCUUUUCUCAACGAUAUCCUUUUUAUAUAGCCUGUUAUUCAUUGAUUACGUCGGUUAAUCGUGACACUUGCUUUUAGCGACGACAAACACUUACAUAAACGUUUAUCGUCAGUCAAAAUAUAUAUCCUUGUGUGCCGAGAAAAUCGAGUAAAGGGCACACCCUCCCCACCCUUCUUUGUGAACAUCUGCCACCUUAGAAGGUGUAAUUAUCCGUUGUGAUUGUUCCAGUGAUGCACCUUAAAGGUUGCAAAGGCGGAGCCGGCUAUUUGAAUGGUCUGUUUUGUAAUUAUUCUUGUUGCCUUUUCUUUUUCCUUAAAAGAAGAAAUGGCAAAAAAAGGGCUACAUACAAAAAACAGCCGAAUGUUUUGCGGUGUAACACGAUAAUUCUCUUAAACAUUCGUUCAUUUUGUCAAUGUAUUCUAAGUUACUGAAAGGACGUAUUGUUUAUUCCUUGGUAAACGUGCUUGUACCAUGUGCAUUCUUACCAAUAUUUUUUUUUCAUAUAUUUUUUAUUUUUCUUAGGUACUGCUUCACUUAUGGGUGCUGAUAGUUCUCCUCACUUACCAACCGGAGAUUCACUCAACAAGUUCAUCCCGACUUCCGCAACAACCUUAG